AUGACAAAUGGACCAGGGGAAACGUCCAGUCUUUUGGACCACAAUAUUAGUGAUGUCGAUGAACACGAAGUCGUAUCUUACGUUCAGCUGAGAAGGGCGUCCAUAAUGUCCCAAAGAGGGGAUAAAAUGCUCCCUAACUUUGCAGCACCGGCCAACAGAACAGAUCGCCUUACGUCGGUUAGAUCGCAUGCUUCAUUCCAUGAUGUUAGAUCAUUAUUGUCACAGCAUUCCUUGAUUGCGGAACCAGAAACAGACGUAAAUACAGAGAUUUUUAUCCUAUUGAAAUAUUCUUUCCCUUUAGUUUUAACGUUUCUAUUACAGUACUCUCUUACUGUUGCUUCGAUAUUCUCUGUUGGAAGGUUGGGAUCAAACGAGUUGGCUGCUGUGAGUUUAAGCUCAAUGACGGCCAAUAUUUCGGCCUAUGCUAUAUUUCAAGGAGUCAGUACAUGUCUCGACACUCUAUGUGCUCAGAGCUAUGGUAAGAAAGAUUUUGAGGCAGUUGGAAUACACUAUAUGAAGUGCAAUUACUUCUUGUUGCUUAUUUAUAUCCCGGUGUUUAUACUAUGGGUAUUCGGAUCUGAACCAAUUCUUUACCUGAUCGUAGGUGAUGAACCCUUAUGUCAUUUAGCUUCAAAAUAUUUGAAAAUUUUAGUGAUUGGGGUGCCGGGGUUUAUCCUUUUUGAAAAUAGCAAGCAUUUUCUUCAAUGUCAAGGCGUAUUCCAUGCAUCGACCUAUGUUUUGGCAGUUUGUGCUCCUAUCAAUGCCUUCUUAAAUUAUAUUUUAGUUUGGGAUAAAAGAAUUGGACUUGGAUUUAUAGGUGCUCCACUAUCUGUUGUGAUAACGAACUAUUUGAUGUGUAUUUCUUUAAUGUCAUACAUAUUCUUUGUUAGGGGACACGAGUGCUGGCCAAAGGGCUCAAUCUUCAACGUUAAAUACUUUAAAAACUGGAAUAAAAUGAUAAGCUUAUCCAUUCCUGGAGUGCUUUUGGUGGAAGCCGAGUGGUUAGCCUUUGAAAUUAUAACUUUCAGUGCUUCUCGAUUUGGAACUGCAGUAUUGGCUGCUCAGUCCAUAGUAAGCACAUCUUGUGUUUUAUUGUAUCAAGUUCCCUUUGCUUUCUCUAUAGCUGCGUCAACUAGGAUAGCAUGGUUCAUUGGUGCAGCCUCUAAGAAGGCAGCAGUGAAAGCAACAAGAGCUGCGAUGAUAUCUGCUCUAUUUGUUGGAGUUUUCGAUUUUGCCGUUCUUUUCUUCUUAAGAACUGAUUUGGCCCAGCUUUACUCAAGGGACUCAGCUGUGAUUAAAAUAGCGUCAAAGGUCUUGAUUGUCGGUGCUCUAUACCAAUUUAAUGAUUCAAUCAGCUGCGCAAGUGGAGGAAUCUUAAGAGGACAGGGAAGACAGAAGAUUGCUGGGAUUCUCAACUUAAUUUGCUACUAUUGUGUGGCAUUACCUUUGGCUUUCCUUUGUGCAUUUCAUUUUCAUUUAGAAUUACUUGGGCUCUGGCUCGGUAUGAUAGUGGCAUUAUUUUUAAUAUCAAUUCUGCAAUCUUACUUUGUCUUGAAGAGUGACUGGGAUCAAAUUAUCGAUGAUUGCAUUAAUGAAGGAGUUAGCGAUGGAAUAAACAUUGAAGCGCACUCGUUGGUUCCAAGUAUGAGCAGCUCCCAUAUUUAUUAG